ACGACCAUGUGAGGAUGGACAUGCAGGUUCAGACUCAGUCCAACAGAAGCCGGAACAACAAAACCAAGCAAACACAAGAACACCAGGACCUCAGUUUACCGGCUCACAUCGUAACAGUAAAAAUAGAAGACGAAGAUAACAAUCCCCACUGCAGAGACGGCCAGGAAGAUGAAGACGACAGCACCAAAAGUGAUGGGAGAGAUACUGGAGAUGAAGACAGUGAGGACGAUAGCAGCACCGAAAGUAGUGAGGAAGACAGCAGGGACAAAGAUGAUGACACCGAGGAAGACACUAAAGAGGAAGCGAAGGAAAAACUAAAUGAGUUUAUUGAAGUCCCGAUCAAAUCUGAAGAGUUUACAGAGAACAGCAAUGAAUACCAAGAAUCCCAGAGCAACCAGGAAGGCAGUGGGCACCAGCACCAGUGCCUCCUCUGUGGAAAGAGCUUCUUGCGAAGUUUUCACCUGAGAGCUCACCAGAUGACCCAUACAGGAGAAAAACCUUACUGCUGCUCGGAGUGCGGCAGGAGUUUCACUCAGUUAACCAACCUGAAGACUCACCUGAGGAUCCAUACUGGAGAAAAACCGUACCGGUGCUCCGACUGCGGCAGGACGUUCGCCCAUUCGGCCUCCUACAUAAGUCACCAGAGGGUUCACACGGGAGAGAAACCGUAUCACUGCUCCCACUGUGGAAAGCGUUUCAGUCAGCAAGUCAAUUUAAAGACUCACCAGAGGAUCCACACGGGAGAAAAACCGUACCGGUGCACGGACUGCGGCAAGACGUACGCUCAUUUAUCCACCCUCAUAAGUCACCAGAGGGUUCACACGGGAGAGAAACCGUAUCACUGCUCACACUGUGGAAAGCGCUUUAGUCAGUCGAUCAAUCUGAAAACUCACCUGAGAAUCCACACGGGAGAAAAACCGUACCGGUGCUCGGACUGUGGCAGGACGUUCGCUCAUUUAUCCACCUUUAUAAAUCACCAGAGGGUUCAUACGGGAGAAAAACCAUACCAAUGCUCCCACUGUGGAAAGCGUUUCAGUCAGCAGAUCAAUUUAAAGACUCACCAGAGGAUCCACACGGGAGAAAAACCGUACCGGUGCUCCGACUGCGGGAAAGAAUAUUCACAUCUAACAACAUUUCUGAAUCACCAGAGGAUUCAUACUGGAGAGAAACCGUAUCGCUGCUCCCACUGUGGUUUGAGCUUUUCUCGUUCAAGCACCUUAAACAAUCAUCUGAAGACUCAUACUGGAGAAGGGACGUAUCGCAGCUCGGACCAUGGAGGGAACAGUAAUCAGGCUGGAUGCUUGAGGGAACAUAAAAAGGUUCACGCUGGAGAGAAACCUCAUCGCUGUUCUCAAUGUGAGAAAAGUUUUGCUAGUGUUCAACUCCUGAGGGAACAUCAGAGAAUUCAUACUGGAUUAAAACCUUAUCACUGCAGUCUGGGUGGACAGACUUUUACUCCAUCUGGAUACUUGAAGGGACAGAAGAUCGUUCACACCAAGAAGAAACGUCAUCACCGCUCGUAGCUCCGGGAGCUCCGGUUUCCUCCCACAGUCCAAAGACGUGCAUGUGAGGUGAAUUGGAGAUACAAAAUUGUCCAUGACUGUGUUUGAUAUUAAACUUGUGAACUGAUGAAUCUUGUGUAACCAGUAACUGUCCUGUCAUGAAUGUAACUCAAGUGUGUAAAUCAUGACGAGGUGACAUGGUAAACCGUUUGUAACCCAAGGGUCCACUGUAAUUGUUUAUCUAUAGGGAACGUGGUGGUGAGAUUUUAAUGUUUGGGACAGACUGAAAUUUCUUCUAUUAAUUUAACUGCAAAUAAAAAUCUGGUUUGUUAAAAAAA